CUCCCCUCGCCGCUGCGUCCUCUCCCCCGCCCGCGGCGAGCCUGGGCGCCUGUCCCGCGCUCCCCCGCCCCGGCCGCUGGUUGCAGCGGCGCAGAGGCGGCGGCCUCGUCCGGAGGGUGCGGGGCGCGCUGCUCCUCGUCCUGCUCCCGCUCCUGCCGCUCUCCUUCCUCCCGCUCCUCCUCCUCCUCCUCGCCGUUGCCCAGCUCGGCGAGAGCCGCGAGCGGCAAGAUGGCGGCGCCCAGGCCGCCGCCCGCCCGGCUGUCCGGCGUCAUGGUGCCCGCGCCCAUCCAGGACCUGGAGGCCCUCCGCGCGCUCACGGCGCUCUUCAAAGAGCAGCGGAAUCGAGAAACAGCACCCAGGACUAUCUUCCAAAGAGUUCUGGAUAUCCUAAAGAAAUCUUCUCAUGCUGUGGAGCUGGCCUGCAGAGAUCCAUCCCGAGUGGAACAUCUGGCUUCCAGUCUGCAGUUAAUAACAGAAUGCUUCAGGUGUCUCCGAAAUGCUUGUAUAGAGUGUUCUGUGAACCAGAAUUCAAUCAGGAACUUGGAUACAAUUGGCGUUGCUGUUGAUUUGAUCCUUCUUUUUCGUGAGCUGCGAGUGGAACAGGAAUCCCUGCUGACAGCUUUUCGUUGUGGUCUCCAGUUUUUAGGCAACGUUGCCUCACGGAACGAAGAUUCCCAGUCUAUUGUUUGGGUACAUGCUUUCCCAGAACUCUUUCUGUCUUGCUUAAAUCAUCCAGACAAAAAAAUUGUUGCCUACUCAUCGAUGAUUUUGUUCACAUCCCUUAAUUCUGAAAGAAUGAAAGAAUUGGAAGAAAACCUCAAUAUUGCAAUUGAUGUCAUAGAAGCCCACCAGAAGCACCCUGAAUCAGAAUGGCCGUUCUUGAUCAUUACAGACCAUUUUCUAAAAAGCCCGGAAUUGGUAAAAGCCAUGUAUGCCAAAAUGAGCAAUCAAGAAAGGGUUACAUUGUUAGAUCUUAUAAUAGCCAAAAUAGUGGGGGAUGAGCCAUUGACCAAGGAUGACGUCCCUGUGUUUCUGAGCCAUGCUGAAUUGAUUGCAAGCACUUUUGUGGAUCAGUGCAAGGUUGUGUUAAGAUUGACCUCUGAGCAGCAAGCUGAUGAUGAGGAGGCACUGGCUACAAUUAGGCUUCUCGAUGUCCUGUGUGAAAUGACUGCUAAUACAGAUCUGCUUGGCUAUCUACAGGUUUUUCCUGGCUUGCUGGAAAGGGUGAUUGAUCUUUUACGACUGAUUCAUGUAGCUGGCCGUGAUACCACAAACGUCUUUAGUACCUGUGGUUGCAUAAAAGCAGAAGGUGAUGUCUCAAAUGUGGCCGAGGGGUUUAAGUCUCAUCUCAUUCGUCUGAUUGGAAAUCUGUGUUACAAGAAUAAAGAUAACCAGGACAAGCGGAGACUGACGCAGCUGUUGGUCACUAGGAGAGUGGCCUCAGGAAGACCCUGAGCAGUGGCUCGGGGGUGCUGCCUCUGCAACCCCGUCAUCCUAAACUUCCGGUGCUCCUGCCUGACCUUUGCCUCAGAGUUGUCCACGCUGCUCACCUCCCUCAUCUGCAAAGUGGGUCCCCGGUCUCCCCGGCAGGGCUGCUGGGAGAGUUACCCGACUGACUGCGUGUCAGGCCCAGGCACACACGGGCCGUCCGUGUCCAUGUGUAGUACGGCAGGCUUUCCAGGCCCAGGCACACAUGGGCCAUCCGUGUCCAUGUGUAGUACUGCAGGCUUUCUAGCCAUUUCGAAUUCGUGCAAAAGCCCAGAAACACCAGUUUUACUUUUAUGAAAUUACAUGUUCAUAGCUUGAGUUAUACCCAUGUUCGUGUUGUACAUCAUUAUUUCUGAUUCAAAACAUUAGCUUCAAAGUACUGAUCUUGAAAAACUGAAGUUUCCUGCAGAAUAUUAUACUAAUUUCAGGGUUGCUUUUGAUGUGUUAUUGUGCCAGUCCACAACCUUGGAAAUUCUUGGUUAGUGCAAUGUUUCAUGCUCUGACAAUUAUCUUUAAGAUGUUGUUUUUAGGUUGCCAGGUGUUAAUUUAAACACACACUGGUCUGUGUGCUUGCGCGUGCACGCAUGCCUACACACUCAAAACAGAGUGCCAGGAGCUGUAAUUUAAAGUGGAAUUGAUAGAGCAGUAUGUAAUGUUUUAUAUUUAGGGCAAGCUCCUGAUGUACAGCUUCAUGUGACAUCUCGUUUUUUAAAAGCCUAAGGCAUCAGUAAUCUUUAUAGCAAGAAUUCUGGUGCUGUGUUAUGCAUUCCAGGCUUACCUUCUAUUCUGCCCGGUAAAUAUAUGGCUUUUAUGGACUUAUAAAUCAUGACAGUAGGAUUCAUACAUAUCCAAAAAAGAAGAGAUUUAAAUCUUUACCGAGUUACCAAGAUUUAAUGUAAUUUAGACAUUAUUCUUGCUUAGAAGUAACAUUCUUAUCUAAAGGCAGUAUAUUUCAUAUCUUUGAAGGUAACUUUAAAAACAUAUUGCCAGAGAAACAAAUAUUUAUUAAGAGUGUACUGUGUGCCAAGCAUUAUGCUAAGUGCUGGAGAGAAGGAUGUGAAAGAGAUGGUCCUGGCCCUUAAGUAACUCAAAGCCUAGGGAAAGAUGCUAAAAAGUAAUAGGUUAGGUGCUAUCGGAAAGCUGUGAUUUUAUGAUAGAGGUAAGAAGGAGUACUGUGUGGCGGGGGACGGAGUGGGGCAGGGCGAGAACUCCCCACUCUUCACAUGGCUCUGAAACCUGAAGGAAAGGCUUCCAGAGGGGGUUGACGCUGCGCGAACUUUCAGGAUGAGUAGUAUUUAACAAUGUCGUCAGCAGAGGCCAGGUUCACCUAACUGUCUAUAAAUUUGUCCUCCUCCUUUCCUCCCUUGCUUCCUAAAGCUCUAGUUUUGGGGGGAGCUGGGAGCUAAGGAAACCAAAAGAGUAUACAGAACAGUUGGUGGUGUCCGUGGCUUGCUUCUCUUUCUCUCUCUCAUUUACAUACAGCAAAAUGUGCAGAUUUUUAAUGAAUGGUUCUAUAACUUUUGACAAAUGUAUACACCUGUGUAACUGUCGCCCCAGUCGAGAUAUAUAGAACAUUUUCAUCACCUCAGAAAGUUCCAGCAUGUUGAGGCUGGCUUUUUUCUGCCAGUGCAGCACUGUGCACGGGAAUAAUGGCCCUAAGUAAGGAAUGAGGAACCAGGUAGAAUCUUGGAUGGCCGCCUUUUCCUGUGGUGGAGACAGACAUCCAUAGUCCUUUGUUUAGACUUCCCUGGAACAGUCACCCAUGUCCUGGUGGUCCUGGCUCAUGCUGUGGCCUGGGUCAGGGUCCUUAAAGGAGUGAGUCUUUCCCGUCUACAGAUGACAUUCCUGAACCCUCAUCAUGUGCUUUUAGUCAGGUUUCCUGCAGGCCAGAUGCCUCUGUGAUGUCUUCAUUGACAUAGACUACUCUUGUGGUCUAUCAAGCGUAUGUGGGAUUUAUUCAGGUAACAGGGAUUAUUGUUCUACAUUAUUCUCUUUAGCUUACCGAGCAUUUAUUGAGUGUCCACCAUGUGCCAGACUCUCUAUUAAGCUCUGGGGUUCAAAACUUGAGUCAGAUGCAAUCCCUUAUUCUCGAGUAGCUUCUGAUCUACUGUGGGAUGCGGGUGGUUAAGCAGAGAGCUACAGUGUGGUUGAGCAGAGCUGGGAAGGGGAGGAGGCACUAAGGCUUCUCUCGAGACUUAGGGUCUCAGCAGGAGCUUCCUGGGAACAACAGCAAGAAUAGUUGUCACUUACUGAGCGCCUGCCAGGUGCUGGCGCGGCUCUAAGUGCUUACCUGUUAACUCGUUUAAUCCUCUUAAUGUUAUUUUCCCCAUUUUGUAUAUGAGGAAACUGAGCAGCAGAGAAGUUAAGUGCCCAAGACCAUACAGCUGUUAAAUGACACGAGCAAGGAAUAAACUUUAUUUUCAGCCACUUGGGGAUUUCUUCCAAGUUGUUUGUUACUGCAGCGUAAACUAGCCUGUCCUAACUGAUAAGGUCAUCGGUGUGAGAGUGAUUGGAGAAGAGCCAGGUAUAUGCUGGCUACCCAAGUCUGGAGUGGGAGGAGGUAGAGGUCCGAGCAGCGGUGUGGUGGUAAGACGAGAAGUAAGGGGACAGAUUUGAGACAGAGAAUCUGAGCAAGAUAGGAACACACAAGAGGACAUUUUUCUUUUGGGGGGCCUGUUAUACCUGAUUAUUGUUAUCCUUUUGGGAAAGAAGUUAGCUUUUCAUUGUGCUUUAUAAUUUCAAGGACUACCUCUGUAUUUUAGUGUAUUUAUAUUGGGGAUUUUGAGCAGAGAUUAAAAUACCAUCUAAAAUACUACGAGACUAUAAACUCCAUACUUUUUUGCUGCUAGCACAGUAUAUUGCCCAAGGGGAGUGCUCUGUGCAUUUUUAGGGAUGAACAAAUGAAUACUCUUAAAUAUAAUUAUUUUUUUACCGUUAAACUUCUCUAAGCUCUUAUUUAAUACUACGUGUGCUUAUUUUUCAUUUCCCUCUAAUCUUUCUAGGAAGACUAGGGGCAAAAAUUAUAAUUGAUAAAAUUGUAAUACAGUAUAAUAGAUAUAAAUUCCCUUAAAAAGAUGAAAAUUAAACGUAAUGUAGUUUUGUAAUACAUUUAUGCUAGAAAUUAGCUAUUUUCCUUUUUUUGAAACUUCUGAAUCCAGUGAAUAGAACAUUUUAUACAAUCCUUUGCUCUUUAUUUUUUUAUCGUACACCUCUUCCCUGCUUUUGUCUAGUCAUUAUUAGUAAUUACAUAAAAAUCUGUUUUAAGCUACACCCCAGGGAAUAGCAAGAGUUAGUUGCUUGUCUAAAUGGUCUUUAAUUAAAGUCAAACAAAAAUUAGGCUAUCGUGAUGGAAAUAUUUUUAAAAUGUUGGCUAAAACAGAAGAGGCUGAUUUAAGUGCAAUCAAGUUGAAACUAUUUGUACUUAAAUGGAUUAAAGUAUAAUCUGGCUUUUUUAAAAAACCACAUCUGUCUGGGAUGUCGUAGGUGUGGUCCUAAUUUUAAGCAGAUGAAUGGACCAGAUAAGCCUUUAAGAGUCUUCUGACUUCCAGGUUUUUCUGAUUUUUAAAAAACUUUUUAUUUAAAAAUAGGUUUUGACUUCACUGUAUGGUUUAAGUGAGCUGAACAACAAAAAUUCAUCAUGAAAGAUAAUAUUAUGCUCAUAAUAAUUAAAAAGUGAAAGGCUUGAAAUUCUAGGUAGAAAGUGAAUCAGUCUUUUCCGUCUGUGCUGGCUCUCGUCCUGCUCUUUCUGAGGCUGCUGCAUGGUAAUUGUUCCUCCUUUCAUGUCUCCCCCAUGAAUCCAUCUUUCUCUCUUGCCGGGCGGGUACCUGAGCUUACUUUCCUGUGUGUGUGCAUGGCCUAGCAGUGGGCUGACCCAGGGUAGACACUCAGAUACUCGUGAAUGCUUCCCCCUGCUAGAGGGAAGGGAUGGCUGUUUCUUGUUCAUCUUUGUAAUAAGGAAAGAUAACACAUAAAGUAGAUUAUUUCGGUCAGAAGUAAAUAACAGUAGAAUUCUUUCGACUGUUGUAUUUUCUUUGCUUAAUAUUGCUGAUUAUACAGACAUAAAUACAUACAUACACAUAUACACUUUGAAUGUGACAUCUUUGAAUGUGUCUCUACAGUAUACUUAUUCUUUAAAUAAAAUAGUAUUCUCACCCUGAUUGGCUCAAUUCUUAUUAAACGUGCACUCUUGAACUUGUUGGGCCUUCCUAGAUAACCCUCAGACUUGGUCUGAUCAAGACUCUUCCUUAUAGUUGCUCUCAAGCUGGCUGAAGAAAAGCUGGGCCAGGUGUGUAUUUUAAGGAUACAGUGAGAACUUUUCUCCCCUCCACUGUUCCAGUGCCCAGAGCAGCACCAGUCAUGGAGUAGGCUCUCCCUGCAAACUUACUGUGUGAGUAAGUGUUUGUAAGGAGUCUUGAAGGGCAUGAGAUAUCCUUUACCACCUUUUCCUCCCCCAGUUCCAGGCUCCCCUUGCUUCUUAAAUUCUUUUCUUUUCCUUUUUUUUUGAGGAAGAUUAGCCCUGAGCUAACUGCUGC